CAUAACGUUGCAAAGCCAUGCUCUGAUAAGUAUAAAGUAGGAGUGGAUAUCAAGAAUCAUUUCCAUUGUACCAGCUUUGUAUAACUGAAUCAUGUUUAAACAAGUUGUAUUAUCCGGAUUUUAUCAUCUAGUACGCAGGAGACCGUUAUCAUUUUUAACACUUAUCAUAUUCUCAUAAUAAACUCAUUUUGCUGUCGUUGUGGAUAAUUUUAAGUUGCAAUUAUACAAGUGUGUGUGUUACCAAAGUAAUUGACUAAUUUUGAAAAUGGAUUUUCAAGAGAUUAACAAUAUAAUAAGAAUAUUAGUCCAGGAUCCAGUACUUUUUAACUCCAGCAGUUCCUUCAUGGAUAUGUUAGGACUGAACUUUCCAUUUCAAGUUCAACUAAGAAAUAAAUACCAGAUGGGUGUCAUUACGUCAAACGAUUACUUCCACACUAUGCUAUAUCAAUGGGUAUCACAUAAUGGGAAGGACGCGACCCUUCAAAACUUAAUAAAUAUCUUUCGAAGUGCCAACCUUGAUAACAUUGUUGAUCAAAUCCAGCUCCUGGUUCAAAAUCCCCCCAAGGAUGAAUGGUUAAGAAAGUAUUUAUAUGCAAUGGAUCUAUGUCUCGUUGAAGAACUAACUCCUGGCAAGUUUAGCUCUGUACAUAAAAUCACGGAUGGAAAAUUUAAGGAUUAUGCAUUAAAAAUUUUUUCAAUCAACGAAUUUGCUCGCCUCAACGGAAUGGACGACAUAACAAAAUUGUUUCGUGAGUUGAACGUAAUGAAGAAAUUGGGCAAAUGUGAUAAUCUUGUUACUCUAGAUAGGUAUUGGUUUGAAGGUCCAUUAUCUAAAGAUUUACUGGAAAUAGAAAAAGGUCAAAAUUUUGAUAACUUUACUGAUAAGUUUAACAAUGAUGUUGGCAACAGCACCUCAAACACGAUAAUGUAUCUUAAAAUGGAAUAUUGCGAAAUGAACUUGGACGGUUGGAUGGAGAAAUACCCGUUCCGCACGCGUGACAUUGAUAACCUGGAAGAAACCCUUAUCGUACAAAUCGUUAAAGGAUUAACUUUCAUUCAUUCCAAUAAAAUUAUACAUCGGAAUUUGACACCACCCAAUAUAUUUGUUAAUUGCUCGAAUGACUCAUUUCAAGUAAAAAUUGGAGACUUCUCCACGGCCAGGCCAAUCCAAGACGGAAACCAGGAUAAUACAAUUGAAAUUGGGGUGAGAAAUUUCCAAAGCCCGGAAAUGUACCGUGGUGAAAACAAUUAUGAUGAAACUACAGAUGUCUAUUCGUUGGGUUUGGUAUACCUUAUUUUAAUUCUUGACUGGAAAUGUACCGAUGAAGCAAUCAGAAUUUUAUGCGAUACAAGACGCGGAGAUUUUUCUAACAUUUCCAAGGCUGAAAAUAUUCACAGAAAAAAUUUCAACAUUUUACGAAAAAUGCUUAAAUUUAAUAAAAUACAGCGAAUUUCAGCACAAAAUGCAUUGAAGCUAUUUAGAGAAGAGAUUGACAACAUUUAGUAGGCAACUGUUAGGAACAGUAUACUACAUAUAAUUUUAUUUUAAGUGCUAAUAUAAUCUAAUUAUUAAUAUAAUAUAUAAACUUUAUAUAUGCACAUUAUAAAAAAUGCCAUAAAAUCUGUAGUUCUGUAGAUCAAAUUAUUUAUAUAAAUUCGCUACCUUAAGAUUUUAGUUUGUAUUAUUAAUGGUAAUAUACUAAAUAAACAAUUAAUUUAUGUAUAAAAUCAUUAAGUUUCGUAGAUUGUGAUUUCCAAAAUCUUUGUAUGUAUGUCUCUGAUGAAGACGAGAGUUGUUCGUCCAAAGCUGGCGAUUAUUAAUAAAAUCAAGUUAUAUCCCCCAGAAGACAUGGCUGUUAAUUAAGUUUGGUACAUAUUUUUGGAGAGUUCAAAGAUGCAAGUAUGCAAAUGAGGAGUCUCGCUAUAAUUUUAGAGCGUCUCUUAUACAUAUUUACAUGAAUGUGAAAUUAAUAACUGUAAAUUUAACAGAUCGUCGUUGAUCGUCUCUUAAGCCACAAGUUAUCAAAAGAAAUGCAAUAGCUCUCUAUUCAAAUUUAGAUUUUUAUAAAUCUGUAGUAAAAUUUUAACAAACCGGUAAAUUUUGCACCGGAUAUUAUGCAUGAUAUUUUAGAAGGGAUUUGCAUAAUUGAGUUAAAAUUAUUUCUAAAAUAUGUUUGUUAUAACAACAUUCUAUCGCUUGGUCAAAUUAAUCAUCGGCUGUCGGCAUCAUGUAAAAAAAUGUAAUUUGUAAUGUAAUGUAAUGUAAUGUAUGUAAUGUAAUGUAAUGUAAUGUAAUUUGUAAUGUAAUUUGUCACGCUUUGUCAAAAUUGCCAGAAAUUGAUUCCAGUUUUGUUGACGGGGACAAAAAAACUUGUUUCUCUGCAUCAGAAAUGCUUCAUUUCUUCCUCAUUUUUCCAUCAAUUUUCGGUGAUAAGUUGAACAUGAACGAUAAGCAUUGGGGUUUAGUUAUUAAGCUUCGAAGAAUAUUGCGUAUCUUGAUGUCCCCUUACAUCAGCAGAUCUGGAAUCAAUUUGCUAAAUAAUUUGAUUUCAGAACAUCACAAAGCAUUCAUAAACUUAACGCAAAAAAAUUUAACGCCAAAGUUUCAUCAUUUGUUGCACUAUGCUCAUGCUAUAGAGCAACUAGGGCCUCUUAAACAAUAUUGGUGCAUGCGUUUUGAAGCAAAACACCUGCUAGCAAAAACGAUUGGGAAAAAUUGUUACAAUUUUAGAAAUAUAGCAAAAACAGUAUCAGACCGAAUAGCACUUAAUCUGGCAUUUUCAUUGGGAUGUGAUUUAGUAGGAGGUGUAACUUAUGAAAAUGCCACCCGAAUUGCACUCAAGGAUUUGACAAUAUCGUUUGAUUUUUCUAAACUUUCAUUGAAUGCGGCAGACGAAGUACUUUGUGCGGACUCCGUGACCACUUGUGGCACCAAAGUAAAACCUAAAACGUAUUUCAUUAUGAAAUACACCACAAAAUUUUUACAGUUUUGCCAAAUUUGCAUGUGUAUAGUUCAUAACGAGAAAGUUUAUUUAGUUGUGAGACCGGUAAAGUGUCAAGAGCAAUUUAGUUUUUCUCAUUUGUUUAAAAUUUUAUCGUUUGAAGAUCCGUUAUUAAUUGGGAUUGAAAUAAUAAAUUUGGAGUAUCCAUUAGUCGUUGUUAACAGCAUAGAAGAUCCUCAAGGUCAUGGUCUUAUUUGUUGUCCUAUAGAAUUAGUUUGAAUUUAGAUAUAUUUAUUUUUAUUACAUUAUAGAUUUUGUUGUAAAUAUUUAGUUAGGCAAACAGACUUCUGAGGCUGAUCAGUGUGCACUUGGAGGAAAGAUGAAUGAUAUUUUGAAAGAAAAUAUUUCUGAGGAUGAAAGCAAGGAACAUGUGCAAGCUGGCGAUGUGGCGCUUGUCGAAAUUUCCUUUCUAGAGUUUAAUCCACUAUUUGACGUAAAGCAAAUUAUAUUAAAUUCAGAUGAAGAAAAAGGAACCGUGAAAGGAAGACGAACCCUGGCAAAAAUUUCCGAGUCAAACAGCAUCACUUACGACAUAAAAACUUUAGUCAAGCAUCGUAUUGUUAGCUAUCUUGUGAAGCAUUAUACAUACUACCCACACCAAGACAUCAAGAAAAAUUUGGCUCAGUGCGUAGCAGCUCAACUUUUCCUAAAUUUACAACUGAGAGAUAUUGCCAACCUGUUUUACAGAGAGUCAAGGGUCAUUGUCGCAAAAAAUACUACGGAAAAAAUUACAGCGGCAGGAUUAAUUGAGGAUAGGUUGAAACAUUUGCGGAGAAAACAUGGGAUUAGCAAAUCUGGAAAAUCCAAAAUCGAAGAUUGUUCAGAGGCGGAGGGUGCAUCGGAGGAUGAGUACGAAAAAAAAUCUUGGCUCAGCUACAGUUCAACUCCUUUGGAUCAAGUGGCAGAUUACAUGUCGCAGACUUAUCGCUUAAGGUCAAAAGAGUUAUCCAUAUCGACUAACUUGUCUGUAACGCUUUCUGAGUGGCCACGAUUAUUGGAUACACCAGGAAUGAUUGACCAGGAUUUUUAUAUUCGACAUCCGGGCAAAAGUGAAAUCAUGCUUCACAAGUGGGGUUUAAUUUCAAAUCAAAUAUGGAAAUACGCAAGUACAAUAAACAUUAAUAGCGCUGGCGAAAUUGGAAUUUCCAUAAACUUAGUGGAAUGGUCAAAUGAUCAAAUUAAGUCCGGAUCUUUAAUCCUGCUCCCCUAUUUAUUGUCAAGAUCUGCAUAUUCUAAAACUAACAAAAAGAGACGAAAAAUCACUGGAGGCCAAUCUUCUGAUUUUUUUCUUCAAUUUGUUAAUUCUAACGAGGACCUUGAAGAAUUUCGCUUGUCAGAAUCCGCGAGGAAGCAGCCAUUUGUUGUUUGCGUAGGAACUUUGAAGAAUAUUGACAUCCAGCAGUCCUACGUUAUGGUUGAAAGGCGUCUUAUUCCAGCAGAAUCCCUUGUGAAAGCAGUUGAUAUCUGCUUCAAAAUUUUCUACGUCCUUCAACUUAAAUUUCCAAAUGAAUGUUCAAGUGUUUGGGCGUUUUUUGAUCACUCUGUUUUUCAAAUUAACGAAAUUAAAUCCCCAUCUUCAUCCGUUCUGUCACUCUCAUCACAAAUCAAUUAGGAAAGAUUAACUAAUGAAAUUUGAACUUGCUACGUUUAUGAAUUUAUGUAGUUAUGGGGAUAGUAUCUGUAUCAAUAUUACUUGUCAGCAUUUAUGAAGCGCUUAAUUAAUAUAGUAAUUAUAAUUUGA